UUAAAGCCGAAACGGAGCAAAGCAUUGCAUCAGACAGACGGCGCGUAAUUACUGCGUGUGCUCUGCGCAGGGCUUAAAAGGCCAUCAAUAACAACCCACCGUGUAGACUGACUGCCUUUUUCUACUCCUGUGUCGGUGCCUUUAUGCAUGCAUCUCAUCUGAGCUCCACAGUAGGGCGUGAAAAAAGUGUUGGAUUCAUAUCAGGUCAUCAUUUCACAUCCGUAUUGCCAUCAUCAAAAUCAGCCUUCCUCAACAAUGCAUCCACUCUUUUUCAUAGGGGCUGUAUGGGCCCUGAUCGCCACAACAAUCAAUGCCUCUCCUCUCUUUGGACCUGCUUUUCAUCCGAUCGUGAUUUGGCAUGGAUUAGGCGAUAGUGCAUACUCUCAACCUAUGCAAGAAUUGGCAGAUCAAUUAAGACAAGCAUAUCCUGGAGUGUAUGUUAAAUUGAUCUCUUUGGCCGAUGAUCUUUCAUCUGAUCAACGUGCUGGUUUCUUUGGAAAUGUGAAUGAAGAAGUUGAACAAGUUUGUCAAGAUUUAGCAAUGGAUGAUCAAUUGCGUGAUGGCUUUGAUGCUAUUGGAUUCUCACAAGGUGGUCAAUUCUUACGUGCAUACGUUCAAAGAUGCAACAAGCCUGCUGUACGUAAUUUGAUCACUUUUGGAAGUCAACAUAUGGGCAUCAGUGAUUUGCCGGCUUGCAAACCGUCUGAGCUUUUAUGCCGUUUGGCUGAAGGCGCAUUGCGAGGUGGCAUUCAAACGGAAUAUGCGCAAUCCCACAUUGUUACUGCACAGUACUAUCGUGAUCCUACCUCUGUUGAACAUUAUCAACGGUAUUUAGAGGUGAACAAGUUCAUCGCUGAUAUCAAUAAUGAAGUACACCAAAACGAUGAAUACAAGGCUAACUUACAAAGUCUAGACAAUUUGGUUUUGCUCAUGUUUGAUAAAGACCACACCGUUGAGCCCAAACAAUCUUCCUGGUUUGCAUCCUAUCCUGUGCCAAGCAAUGACAGCUCCACACAAGGAAAAGAUGAACUAGAAGUUGAACCUCUUCGUCAAAGUUCUUUGUAUACAGAAGAUCGAUUAGGAUUAAAGACGUUGGAUAAACGAGGAGCUUUGGUGAUGGAAUUAUGCAAAGGUGUACAUAUGCAAAUCAAUGCAGCUUGUUCGAUGAAGGUAUUCGGACGUUAUGCAGGUAUUGCACCACCUUCAAAAAUCAUCCCUGGCUCCGUUCGUCAUGGAUGGGCAAGAACGGUGUAUACAUUGACAGGCUUACGUACAGGAUCAGUACCAGGAAGCGUUCAAUUCCUUUUCGUUUUGGCAUCAGUUUCUUUCGUCUUGGCUAUUACCAAUGGUAUACGGGCAGUGCAACAAUCACGUCAACGUGGUUCUAUUCGUAUAUAAUCUAGUCUUAUUGAAUCUUUUUUUUCGAUCUUGCUAUUAUGAUUUAAAUUAUUUAUAUUGCUCUAAUAGUGGCUACGAAUAUCCACCUUUACGUAUUCAGCUCUGGGUCUAGAGGUUGAAAGUGAAAUAGAAAUAAAUCUGCCCGAUAGCGAGCGAUUCUGCUCUCAGUCUACUUCUGCUGGCGGAGCAUAUUAAACAUAAUAUAUUAACACUGAUAUUAGUACUUCGUUAAAUAGGAAGAGAUAAGAACGAACAUUCCACGGGACAGGUAGCAAGAAGACGAUGUUUCCUGGGUCGAUGCAGCAAAAAAAUUGGUCCUUCUCGUUCACAUCAAUAGUCCAAAGAUCUGUAUGCUACUUCUGCCUCUACGGAAUCCAUAAGCAAGAAAGCUAUUAGGUGUGUUUGUUGUAUGUACGUCUUUA